AUGUCGACAUUUCGUUUAGCGACAGUCAAUGUUCACUCUUUUCGUACUCGAAAUUUUGAUAGUAAUAUUUCUGAUUUAGUAUUGAUUUUUGAACCACUUAAGCUCGAUUUAAUUGCUGUUCAAGAAAUACAAAAUGAUGAUAAAUGGCAAAAAUUUUGUAAUCGUCUUUCUUUACCUUAUUUUAUUUAUGGAUCAUGCAAUGAAGAUCCAUUUGGCAAUGGUAUUUCAUCUCCUUAUCCAAUCAUAUCUUAUUCAAAUAAAACAUCAACUUUUUCAUAUUCACGUACCACAAGAUCUUUACUUCAAUGUCGUUUAGAUGGUGGUCACGAAUUUCUUAUUGAUCGAAUAUUUGCUGCAACACAUUUAGAUCAUUUAGAUGAAGAUGAUCGAUUAAAUCAAAUAAAAUAA